ACGGCCACAUGUGUUUCUAUUGUGUCUGAUUCUGUUUUGUUUGGUUAUAAUUUGAGGUUAGCCAAACUUUAGAGGAUACUUCAGUGUUUUUGUGAAUAAAGUAUACUUUUACUAUCUCAACAAUGGGUAGGAAAAUGACCGAAGAGGAUAUGGAGGUUGAUGGUCAGGCUAAUGGAGACCAAGAAAAUGAGAAGAGCGAGAAAUCGAAAUACGAAGAUAAAGUGAAGUUUGUUAGUGCAAUAGCUCAACCUUUGGCUUCUAAAAAGUUCAACAAAAAACUUCUGAAGUUGCUUAGAUCAGUUAAAAGUCAGAACGACAAGACACUUCUUAUACUCGGUUUGAAGGAUGCUCAAAGAUGGAUAAGGAAGAAUGAACUGAAGAAGGGUGAAACUGUUCUGGUAAUCUUCGCUGGUGACGUGACACCCGUGGAUGUGAUGUGUCACAUGCCUGCCGUGUGUGAAGAGAAGAACAUCCCUUACGUGUACAUCGCCAGCAGACAAGAUUUGGCUCAUGCUGUCGGCUUUCAGAACAGUUGCCUCAUGGCCUUGGUCAGGGAACAUUCCAAAUACAAGGAACUGUAUGACGAGUGCUACCAAGAGGCUAAAAAACUCGGCCAUGUCAUGUAAAUUUUUCCCUUUUUUUUGUAAAUAAAUCAAAAAAUCAAAA